AUGGUCCUUGCUGAAGUCCAAAAUGAAGUACAGACGGUGUCUGACUCCCCUGUAUUGAAGAAACAAAAGCUUGAAGAACUUUCUCGAGUAAGUUUUGAACAUGAUCACGAAAACCUAAAUUCAGUUCCGAUGUAAGGUCGCUCUGACAAAUUCCGAGGCCCGGAUUCCGACAUAUGGGUCAGCGAAAGCUGCUGGUAUGGAUUUGUACAGCUGCGAGGAAGUCGUGAUUCCAGCAAGGGGUAAGCAUAUUCGGUCGUAAUUGAAUAUUCGACCAGGAAAAUCGUUGGUUUCGACUGGAAUCAAGAUGGAAUUCCCAGCUGAGCAUUAUGGCUGGGUUGCCCCUCGUUCUGGACUAGCGGUAAAGAAUGGUAUUCACAUUGGUGCAGGUGUGAUCGACGAAGACUAUCGAGGAGAGAUCAAAAUAUGUCUGUACAACUUUUCGAAUAAUGAAUUCAAAGUUAACAUUGGCGAUAGGAUCGCUCAGCAAGUCUUGAUCAAGUACACUCAAAACCAUAGUGAAGAUCCGGAAAUCAGAACUGUAAUAUUCAUUCUCUAAAUAACGGCCUAAAACCAAUACUCUUCAGGAUCAUGUAACUAAGGUCACCUUGAUCGACGGAAAGGCAAAGACUCCUGAGAAGAAGGACAAUUCCCCAGCUUUUAUCAUCUACAGCAGCACUGAGGUGGUUAUUCCACCGCGAGGACAAUCCCUCGUUUCGACUGGACUGAAGAUGGAAAUUCCGGAAGGAUUUUAUGUUCGUAUUGCUGCUUUGUAUGGACUGGCUUCUGAACAUCAUAUCCAGGCGGGAGCUGGAGUUAUUGAUGAAGAUUACCGAGGAGAAAUCAAAGUUUGUCUGUUCAAUCAUGGCGAGGAAGAGUUUAAAAUCAAUGUUGGAGAUUCGAUUGCACAGUUUGUUCUUGAGGAGUACACUCAGACAAGAUUUGAGAAGGUGGAAGAAAGUGAAUUGGAGGCUACCGAGCGUGGGACGGGUGGCUUUGGGUCUACUGGAGUCGCCACUGAAGAGAAGAAGUCUCUUUAUGGAUCUCCUAAAGCUGCGGGAUUGGAUCUGGUUAGCUCCCAGGAGACUGUUGUCCCUGCUAAAGGUAAGAUAAUCGGCAUCGUCAAACUCUACUGUCUUCAGGAAAAGCAGUUGCUGUUACUGACUUCAAGACCAGUUUCCCUUCUGGAUACUACGGUCGGAUCUGUCCUCGUUCUGGAUUGGCUGUCAAAAAUUUUAUUGAUGUUGGAGCUGGUGUUCUUCAUCUUACCGAGGAGCCAAUCAAUGUUGUUCUAUUCAAUCAUGGUGACACCGAGUUCAAGGUCAAUGUAGGGGAUCGCAUUGCUCAAUUGGUGAUGAUCAAGACUUGCCAAUCCAAGCUUGUCAAUGUUUCGGAGGAGGAUUUGGGGAAAACCGAUAGAGGAGAAGGUGGAUUUGGAUCAACCGGUGUUUCUUCCAACGUUUAA